GGAGAAAGAGGAAGAGACAGAAGCGCCGAGAUAAAGAAGCAAAGGCCAACAAACAGGAGGCAGAAGAAGAGAGAUGGCUCACAGAAAAAACAAUGGAAGCAAAAUCUUCAUGACAGUGCUGUAUAUGGUGGCAGCGUGCAGGGCCGUCGCCAUCAACGACCUGCUGGACCGAGCCUCUGAGCGCUCCGACAUACUGCACUCCCUCAGCACCACCCUCAGCCAUGACCUGGAUUCUCAAUUCCCUCCUAUAGGCCGGGUGAUCAUGCCCCGCCCCUCAAUGUGCCACACCGCCUCUCUGCAGACACCCAUUGACAAGUACCAGGCUCUUCAAGUAUCAGAGUCAGACCUGUUGUCAUUGGCUCGCUCCUUGCUCCAAGCCUGGGAAGACCCCCUGGCGGUCCUCUCCACCUCUGCUAACACCCUGCCUCACCCGGCCCAGAGCAGCAUAUCCAACAAGAUCCAGGAGCUGCAGGAGCACUCCAAGAACCUGGGAGACGGCCUGGACAUCCUAUCUGGCAAGAUGGGUCCGGCGGCUCAGACCAUCGCCUCGCUGCCCUACAGAGGAGGCAAUGACAUCGGCGAGGACAGGAUUUCCAAAUUGAUCAACUUCAAUUUCCUGUUGUCCUGUUUCCGCCGCGACUCCCACAAGAUCGACAGCUUCCUGAAAAUCCUGCGCUGCCGGGCAGCAAAAAUGCAACCGGAGAUGUGCUGAAGAGUGAGGCGGCCGGCAUGAUUUUUCUCAAAGCUUGUACUGACCUACCAACUAUAUUAACAUUAGCACACUUUGAAUCUGCUGUAUUAUCCUAAUUACUAGUUGGCAUUCUGAGCUUCCAGAAGGUGAAGAGAAGGAGGAGUUACAUGGCACACACAGGAAAUCCUAUUUUGAAACACUUUUUUAGUCAUAUAAUGGCGUUUUAGCUCUUAUUGAUUUUGAUAGAAACAUUUCCCUUGUAUAUUUGGCAAAGAAGGGCAAAAGUUGUACUUCCUAAACAGCUUCCUUUCAGACUUAAAAGGUCAAAAGGUUAAAACAGGUUAAGACAUUUCAGGUAUGGGGUAAACCUAACAGCUUCUACUGUUGUCCAGUCUUGCUAAUGUGGACAAAGCACGGAUCAGACACAGAUGUUUCCAGCUGGUCUGGCAUUUUGGACUGACCUUAUUGAUGUCACAAACGACACAUUCUCACUCCCAGCGCAUCAAAAAA